AUGCUCAACGCUUCCUGCAGCAUCGACGUCGUCCUCGACCAUGAGCUGUACAUCGGCGAUUUAUCGUCGGCACUCUCUCUGGACGUCCACCCAGAGCUCGGCAUCACACAUCUCGUGUCGGUCUGCCCGGAAUACGCCUCUCGCGGCCCAAAUCACUUGAGCAUACCCGUGCAAGAUUCAGAGUACGAGGAUCUCCUUCUCCACCUACCCAAGGCAUGUCGGUUUAUUCAGGCUGCUCUGGAUCAAGGCGGAAAAGUCCUCGUGCACUGUGUCAUGGGCAUCUCUAGGAGCGCCACCGUCAUCUCCGCGUACCUCAUGAUGUCGCGCGGCAUGUCAGUUCCACAAGCUGUCUCGUUCGUGAAGAAGCGACGACCCCAAGUGCAGCCCAAUUAUGGAUUCAUCAAGCAACUUCACGCCUUCUCUGCAUGCGCUUACAAACCGUCACGAACAAAUCCCACCUACCGCGCUUGGAAAAGGCGGCAUCGGCAGGACGUUAACUGUUUUAUCAACAGCAUGAGCGAUACCAUUGCUAUCAUACCCGACAAAUUAUACCUCAGCAGCGAGUUUCCCACUGACCCCGAGCAGGCCGCUUGCAUCGUCGCAUAUCUAGGCUUAGCUCACCUUCUCACAAUCUCUCCCGCACACCAGCCUCCCUCCUCACUCGGCAUCAAAAGGCGCCCAGUCAAUGUUUCUAGCAAGGAGGGACUGCUGCUCGCUUUGCCUGAGACCUGCAGCUACAUACACACCGCAUUGGAGGGCGGAGAGCCCGUGCUUGUUCACUGUCAGCUCGAGUCCAGCGCGGCCGUCGUCGUCUGUGCUUAUCUAAUGUGGAGCCGACGCAUCCCUUGCGGUCAAGCGUACAAGAUCCUGCAAGAUGCACUCCCACUAUUCAACAGAACUGCUAAUUUUUCCAAAUACCUCGAGAUUUUCGCAGCCUGCAACUACUCUCCCAAGAUUGAGCAUCCUCCAGUUCAAGCGUGGCUCGCAGAAGAGCAACGCGGUGAAUCAGCAGUGGCAAGGUCCACCUCGGUCUCGGCUGCCGUUGCUUCUACGGCAGCCGCUAUGAGCCGUCUCGUCAUAAGUCCCAGUCAGAACAUGGAGAAAGCAUCUCUUAGGGCUGUCGGGACGAGGACGAGGACCCAGAUCGGGAUUAUGGGACAGAGUUGA